ACGGGAGUGCGCGUCACCGUGCUCUUCACUAAACAUGGCUGCCCUCAGUAAGUCCAUACCGCACAACUGCUAUGAGAUAGGACAUACAUGGAGUUCAUCAUGUACACUUUCAUCACUGCAAGUCGCGGCCGGGGCUCUGGAGGCCUCUCUCAAAAUAUAUGCGCCAUUAUAUCUAAUUGCAGCUAUCCUAAGAAGAAAGAAAAAAGACUACUACAAGAAGAGACUCAUCCCUGAAAUCCUGCAGUCUGCUUCGUUUCUUACUACGAAUGGAGGCCUGUACAUCGUCUUUUUCUGUCUACUUAGGAAGCUGCUUGGCCGUUUCUACUCCUGGUCGGCAGGCUUUGGAGCUGCACUGCCAGCUUCCUACAUCGCUAUUCUGAUAGAGCGCAAAAGCAGGAGAGGACUUUUAACAAUAUAUAUGGCAAACCUGGCAACUGAGACAGUAUUUCGGAUGGCUGUCACACGAGGCAUCGUUAACCCUUUAAAACAUGGAGAGGUUCUCCUUUUCUGUAUUACUGCAUCACUCUACAUGUUUUUCUUCAGAAGUAAAGAUGGACUUAAGGGUUUUGCUUUCUCAGCAUUAAAGUUUAUUGUUGGGAAGGAGGAGAUCCCCACACAUUCCAGCCUGGCUGAGCUGCCCAGUGCUUCUCGCUCAGAAAGGCCAGCUUUACCUCCAACAGGCACGGAACAGCCUUCAUCCUAUGGAAGGACCAUCACUGCUCUGACUCGCAGGCUGCUAGACUCUCUAUGCAAACGUGGACCCAGACAUAGGUGUUGCAAACACUACCAAGACAACUGCAUCUCCUACUGCAUCAAAGGAUUCAUCCGCAUGUUCAGUGUGGGUUACCUCAUCCAGUGCUGUUUGAAGGUUCCAUCAGCAUUUAGGCAUGUUUUCACCAAACCCUCUCGUCUUCUAUCGCUGCUCUACAAUAAGGAGAAUUUCCAGCUAGGAGCCUUUCUCGGUUCUUUUGUGAGCAUUUACAAGGGAACCAGCUGUUUCCUUAGGUGGGUGCGUAACCUUGAUGAUGAGCUCCAUGCACUUGUAGCAGGUUUUCUCGCUGGCUUCUCUAUGUUCUUCUAUAAGAGCACCACUAUCUCAAUGUAUCUCUUUUCCAAGCUUGUGGAGACCAUGUACUUCAAAGGCAUUGAGGCAGGACAUUUCCCCUACUUCCCUAAUUCUGACACAGUAAUCUAUGCCAUCUCAACUGCCAUCUGCUUCCAAGCCGCAGUGAUGGAAGUGCAGAAUCUGCGACCAUCAUACUGGAAGUUUCUCCUGCGACUGACCAAGGGCAGGUUUGCUCUGAUGAACAGAAAAGUGCUGGACGUGUUUGGAACUGAGGCUUCUAGACACUUUAAAGACUUCACUCCCAAACUGGACCCUAGGUAUACGCUGUUUGCUCAAGACGUGGACAUGCAGCUGAGUUAACAAGUCAUGGAGGCCACUACAGUGACCACCAAGACAGCUUUGUUCAACAAAUAAUGUGAAUGGCAUUGCACUGGUUGAUCGUAUAAAAUUCUGGCAUUGCCCAAAGGGCAGUAUUAAAUCCUCAUAUCCACUUAUAAUCCUUGGAAUUUAAUUGGAACAAUUGCUUACCAGAGUUAAACUGAUUGGAAUGUUGGCACAAUUAAGGCUUGUUUCCUUUUUAUCCCUGUAGGUGUAAAGCUUUUCAUCAUUCAGACAUUACAGUUGUGGUGUUGAGGCUAUCAUUUUUGCUCUAGCUGAAAUUAUGAAAACUGACAUAAUGCCUUAAUUUUAGAUGUGAUUUUAAAGUAGAUGGCUUAGAGACAAGAAUGUGUAACACUAUUGGUACUAUAUUCUAUGGAACAGUCUGCACUUUUGUUUGCUCAAGACACCAUGUAUGAGCAAAUGUGUAUCAGCCACCUCUUUAUGUGAAAAUAAUUUUAAAAAAGAAUCAGGUUUCCACUGUAGUGGAAUUUUUUUUUUUGUAAACUUACUCAUAUAUUCUGAAGUACAUAACAUAUUUCUGAAAACAUUCAAGAAGAGAAAAGUAACAUAAUUUAAGCUGAACCCUACUUGCACAAGAUCUGCACUGAUUCGGUACAUGCUUUGGAUAGAAAGCAGGUUCACAUAAUGAAACACCUAGAAUAUAUGUAUAAUUAUAGAAACAGUAUAGUAGCACAGAUUUUCUUUAAUUUUAUUAAACAUGUAGUGCUUAUAUAUGUAAUCAAAACAUACUUGUAUAAAAUUGUAAUUUAUGCAAAAUUGUUGAUGUUUCUAUAAGUAAAGAAUUUAUAUUAAUGUC